AAAAAAACUCUGCAUCCGUCAUCUUCCAGCCAGGCUUCCUUUGCAUCGCGCCCAUCAAGCGACGUCGCAGACAUGCGAGUCUAUUGUGUCCUUUGUGGCAGCGUUGUUGAGACCGAGACUUCAGAUACUUGGAUGGGAGAAUUCCGGGCUCUGUACACCGAGACCAACAAAUAUGACCAAGUACGAAUAUCUGGAGUCGGAACACUCGACACGAACCAAACAACAGUCCCAGCGGAUCCCAACCGGCGCUAUGAUGAUCGAAGCCCCGAUCGGGGCGCGAUCAUCGAUGUCAAGUUGUGUGUUUCGCAGCACCACCACACCGAGCGUAUGAGUCUGAGAGAAAACAAUAUCGCUUUCUGGGGAUUCGGAUUCCAUGCCGCUUGUUGGGAUCUUCUAACGACGGUUCGCCAGCCCUCUUUCGGAGAUCUUUUCUAUACGUGCUUGUCUAUGCCAGUCUCAUCAUUCGGCCUCUUAGACUGGGGUCAUUCCUACGGCGGAGCCGCCAUCCGUUUGACAGAUGGAUUCUCGACAUUCCACACGCACCUAGAAUCUCGAAUGUUGCAAGAGCCGGUAAGCUCUGGCAUUCGAUUUGAUCCUAUGAACAUCCCUGGUCUCUGUCGUCUUCUAGAAACCUUGGCUCCUCCCAGUCGUCAAGAGCGUGCCCGUCUCACGAUGCCAAGAAAUUCGAGAACACGUCUCGCAGGCAGUGAUCUGUUUAACUCUCUCCCCGCAGAGAUUCUUUGUAAAAUCAUCAUCGACUUGCGAUCGCAAGAUGUCCACGCUUUGAGGCUUGCUUCGCGAGCGUGUGCCAAUGUUUGGCUUCCUGAGGCGUUUUGGGCGUCAAGGUUUCUCGAAGAUGGAGAGUGCCAUCACAUAUUCGAGGCUCAACAUAUCAACUUCAAAUCCUGGGAACAACUGCACUUUACCGUCAGAAUGGUGUCGCAAAUUUGCCCAAAUUUGAAGAAUAGGAAACGAAUUUGGGAACUGGCAACACGUCUUCACGACCAGCUGGCCGACAUGCCGCAUGUUCCCUGCAUGGGCCGUCCUCUACACGGAUACUUCGAGCGGGCUGAUGAACGUGAUAAACUGGCGUGGCUUACCGCUAGUCGCGGGCUAAGAGGCCCCGGCGAGCCUUUCCAAGAUGGUUGUCGGGCCCUGCGAAGUCGGAAGGUCCAUAUCCAGACGCGCUCUAGGGUUACGAAGGUAUUCGUCUCGUUUUGUCGUCUUCUCGGCGGCGAUUUUAUCUGCGGACUCCGAUUCGAACAAGAAUACGGACAGAACACAAGUCUAGGCUAUAUUCGUGCCGACCGAGAGGUUCCGAUAACCUUUCCAGCGUCACAGCCACGCGGAUCGGCUUUCACCAUUUCCGAAUUUCAAUUGGCGCUUCACUUGGAGGGAGUCAAGGCAAUCUCUGUGUUGACAGACGAUGGGGCUUCCUCUUCUUGGGUUGGCGACCACGAAGGCAUUCCAAAAUGGUGUUUGGCAGAUGUUCGAGGGACCAUCUCGACUCUGAAAGGAGAAUUUGACGCUUUCAAACUGCUGUCUCUCAGCAUUUCCACCCAUGCGAUGUCGCGUGGGGAUACCGUUGGAGAUUUUCCCUUCCGCAACAUUUGCAAUUGGAGCCACAGUGUUCCCCCAAAGCAUUUUCUAUUCAGUAGAGCCGACUACGAAGACGAGUCCAUAAUGUAUAUGGAGAGCUGCAAACACCUCUCAGCGAUUACCUUUGGGGGUUCAGAUGGACAAGACCUUUCCAAGCUUGUCGAAAUUGCAAUGUGCUCCUUUGGUGUUGGUUCUGUUGCCGGAUUCGAGUUCGUUUAUAACGAUUCCAGCCGUCGAUCGUUUGGCCGCCUAGAACCACUUCCCCUUGGAUUUAACCUUCAACAAAUACCAUCUGAACCGGAAAGAGUUGUGCUCUCCAUCGAUGGCCCUGGUGGAGAAAGGAUUGAUAAUAUCCAGAUUCAACGAGGCGUGGCGGUAAAGAUGCGAACUAAUCGAGGGAAAGUGGUAUUGUUUCCGCCACCUCCCUCUACCCAUGCCGAUUCUUGGGAGCCGAUUGAGUCUCCAGGUCGUGUUAUCACAGGGUUUUAUGGAACGGAAGGAAACUACUUGGACAGUUUCGGCACAAUCUCUAUCAACCCGGGGGUAAUGGAUGUGACAAUGUUGGUAUGAUUUAAGGGGUAGUUUGCGGAUGGAGAGGACAUGUAUCUAGUCUUUGGUGGGAUGAACAGUCUCGACGAUAGAAGCAACCAGAAAGAAAUUCUCGGAAUGAGAAGCUAGUGGAUAACUUGACUGAAGUGAUGUGAAGUGGUACCACUACGUGGGUGGCGAGAUGGAGUAAGCGUUGAUUGUGGGUGCCUAGACG